AAAAAGAAGUUUUCAUUUCUACUACUGAAACUAUUCCAGAAUCUCUUUUUUAUGAAGUUGAAAACUGGUCUAUUCAAGAAGGUCUUGUGACUUUAAAACCACCAUAUACAAUCCAACGUUAUGAACGCGUCAUACCUUACAAAAAUUCGGAAGAAUUCUUAAAUGCAGAACUAAAUAAAAAAGAAAAAUGGUAUGUUCUUGACGAAUUAGAAGAAGGGAAGAUGUAUGAGACAAGAGUAUCUUAUGCUUCAACGUCGCCUACAAACUUCGUGUUAAAUAUAUUGGAUGUUAAUGAAGUAAUGAAAAUCUUGCGAAAAAAUAACGUGACAGAUGAUGAACAGAUUUCACAUCCGAAGUUGGACACCACAAAAAAAUUUCUUAGAGUAAGAGCGAUUUAUGAUGGUGUAUCUAUUUAUCAUGGUAGAGAUUCUAGAGCUGUAAUUUACAACGUUGUAUUGGAGACACUUGUAUAUGGAGUUCCGCGAGUGGCUUUCAAUUUAGUAUUUGUUUUGAUCAUCAUUAUAGGAGUGGGCAUAAUAGUUGUGCCAAAAAUAUAUAAAGCUUUACGAAAUUUUAUAGAAGAGAAAGAUAAAAAAGAGUAG